AAAAUAGUGAAAAAAUUAAUGCAAACAAAGAUCAAGUGAAAAGUUGUGAAAAGUAUUAAAUUAAAAACAAAACUAAUUGGAAGGAAUAAUAGCACUUAAAAAUUACGAUAAGAAUCCGCUCUCUUUUCAACUCGUACUUUUUUGUUUGCGACAGCAGCAAUUUUCCUUCCUUUUUAUGUGACAAUCCUCAUCUCUGAUAUCUCUAUUAGAACAAAAAAGCAUCGUCCGUUUUGUUUUAUAACCAUCCAUAGCAUCAUUACACGUGAAAGAAAGAAAAUAUAAAAGAGGAACAGACAGAACAUAAAAUACCAUCAACAGAAGUGUGAGCUUAUAGAUAGAAAGCUAUAAUCAUUAUUUUUGUACGACUGAUGAUGCUGUCCAUUCCGUAAAUUAUGAUGAAAAUGAAGCUUGAAGCGCAUGAAAAUUAAAUCAUGUCAUCAUGAACACGUCAACCAAUGUGAUGAUUUUAAGGUAACAAUAAUCUUAUGUGAAUAGAGAUAUAUUAAGGAAAGAAAAAGUAGAUAUUCAUCAAAAGAUAUCCUUUUUGACUCCGUCAAGUUUAUUUAAUCGACCCAACACGCAACGCCUUUCUACUUUUCUCUCAUAUCUAUAUAGCUGCCUUGUUUCAUCUUAUUCCUUUACAUCUACAAAACUUUCUUACUUCUGUUAAAUUUCCCAUUGAAUCCUGAAUCAACAAGACCCAAAAAGGAGAGGAAAAAGAAAAACUAAGUUCGAUUCCAUUUUGACCUUUGGACAAAAGCAGCAGUUUGUUUCACAUAGGCAUUAAGGAGGGGUGGAAAGAGAAAUUAAUUUUUGUGUCCAUAGCUCAACAGAAAGUUCAAGUGAGGAGAAUACAACUUUAUUUGUGCUACACUAUUCCAAUUAUUGGCAUUUAACGUUUAUCAUUAGCAUUUAAUUGAAUUGUACUUCAUUACAUUGAAAAAGGGACAGAAGGAAAAGGAAGGGCUGUUGUAUAUUCGAUUAGGACAAGGAACAAUCAAUUGAUACAAAUUUUUAUCUGUAAAUCGAAAAUAAAUGCUUUAUCCGAAGGACGAUAAUAUCAAAUUAAUUAGUAAUAAAGCCAUGAGACUGCCAAGAAACCGUCGUACUAUAAUAAUUGGAGGACUUGUCUUCUUCACACUACUUAUGUUACUAUUUAAGACAAAUGUUCUCCGACCGGCAUGUCUAUUUCGUGAAGAUCCUGGUGCGAUGAUUCGUGAAGAGAAGUUUGUGACUGGCUCAGAUAACAAAAGAUAUGUUUAUAAUCGAGAAAUGCCUCUUAUAUUUAUUGGCGGUGUUCCACGAUCAGGUACAACGCUGAUGCGUGCUAUGCUUGAUGCACAUCCUGAAGUACGAUGUGGACAAGAGACUCGUGUAAUUCCAAGGAUUUUACAGCUUCGUUCACAUUGGAUGAAAUCUGAAAAAGAAUCUAUGAGACUUGAGGAGGCUGGAAUUAAUAAAGAGGUGCUUAACAGUGCAAUCGCACAAUUUUGUUUAGAAAUUAUUGCAAAACACGGCGAUCCUGCGCCACGAUUAUGUAAUAAAGAUCCACUUACGCUCAAAAUGGGCACAUAUGUUAUUGAAUUGUUUCCUAAAGCAAAAUUCAUUUUUAUGGUUCGUGACGGUCGUGGUACUGUUCAUUCAAUAAUCAGUAGGAAAGUGACUAUAACAGGUUUCGAUUUAACAAAUUAUCGUCAAUGUAUGCAAAAAUGGAAUCAAGCUAUCACGACAAUGCACGAUCAAUGUAAAGAGAUAGGAAAAGAUAGUUGCUUAAUGGUGCACUAUGAAAAGCUUGUUCUUCAACCCAAGAAAUCAAUGGAGGAAAUAUUAAACUUUUUAGGAAUUCCUUGGAACGAAUCCGUACUUCACCAUGAAGAUUUUAUCAAUAAAGAAAAUGGUGUAGCUUUAUCCAAAGUCGAGAGAUCAUCAGAUCAAGUAAUUAAGCCAAUAAACUUAGAGGCCCUAACAAAAUGGGUUGGCCAUAUACCCGAAGAUGUCGUUCAAGAUAUGGCAAAUUUAGCACCAAUGCUUUCAACUUUAGGCUAUGAUCCAUAUGCAAACCCCCCAAAUUACGGUAGUGCUGAUGAAAUUGUUAAAGAAAACACAAAUAAGGUGAAAAAUAAUCAAAAGUUAUGGGAUCACAAAGUACAACAGUUGCUGAAGCGUGACGAAGAAAAUGCCGAUGAAAACGAUGAUAAUAAUCAGGAUGACAAUGCAAAUGACGUCAACGACAAGACGUGAUGAAGUGAAUGAGUAAACAAAUUCUUCUCCUUUUUGAUAUCCCCUCGCCCUCCAAAAAUAACUUACAAUCAAUGACAACAAUAUGAACGGAUAGAACAACAAAAUUAUAUUUUUUUUAUUAAUUUUUUCUUUUUUUUGAUGCCAUCCUUAAAAUGUCAUGCACUAAAAACAUUAAAAAUGUUGAACAAUAUGUGAAGAUAUGAUGACGAAAAAGAAAAAAUAAUGACAAGAACAUCAGUAACGAUCGAUGUUAAAGAGAUGAGAGGUUUUUAACGUUUUUAUUGUGUGGUGAGCUUAAAAACAAUAUAAUUUAAUAAAGAAAUAUGAGGAAAAAGAAAUAAUAUAUAGCUAUAAAGAGAGGAAAACGUUUCUAUUCUAUUUUAUAUAAAUAAUACAGAAGUAUAA